AUGUCCGCCUCGGUGGGGCCCCAGGGUGGCCCUCGCCCACCCACCGUGCCGCCAUCCAUGCCGGAUCUGCCGGACCUCAGCCAUCUCACAGAGGAGGAGAGGAAGAUCAUCAUGGCGGUGAUGGAGAGGCAGAAAGAGGAGGAGGAUAAAGAAGAAGCCAUGCUAAAAACUCUGCACCAGCAGUUCGAGAGCUACAAACAGGAAGUGCGUCGCAUCGGCGCCGAGACGCAGCGCCAGCAGACGCAGCUCAAAGACGACGCCCCCACCUGCGGCAUCUGCCGCAAGACCAAGUUCGCCGACGGCUGCGGACACGUCUGCUCCUACUGCCAGACCAGGUUCUGCGCCCGCUGCGGGGGCCGGGUCUCUCUGCGCUCCAACAACGAGGACAAAGUGUGUCUCGUAGUGAAGGACAGGGUGAUGUGGGUGUGCAACCUGUGCCGUAAGCAGCAGGAGAUUCUCACCAAAUCAGGAGAAUGGUUCUCGGGGUCGGGGGCGCAGCCGGGGAGUCUGGGCACCUCCUCCAUCGACCCCGCCGCGGGAGGUGAGGCCCGCCGGGACAGGAAGCUCGUCCGCUCCAGGUCCCAAGCCCCGCCCACCGGCACCGACGCCGACGCGGCGCCGCCCGACGCCGCGCAGCCGGCAUCCGGAGUCGCCGCCGCCGCCAAGGGCGCCGACACCAUGCCGGGCUCUCGCUGCCAGAGCGAGCCGCCUCGAGAGAAGAAGCGGCCCGUUUCCCUCCAUGAACAGAACGGUCAGGGCGGCCCGGGGCGCGGCGGCGGCGGCCGGAGGCCCGCCGGGAAGCUGUCGUCCCAGUCGUCGCUGGAGGAGCGAGCGGCUCCCGGGGACCGAGAGCGACGCCUGGGAGACGGCCGGCGGCUGGAGAAGAUCCACUCCCAGGACCACGAGGACGGCGAGGGCAACUCGGGUCACUCGGAAACGCACCGGAGGCGCCCGGACGACGAGGAGCAGAGGGAGCGGCGCCGCCGAGAGGAGGAGGAGUUCCAGAACCGCUACCGGAGCGACCCCAACCUGGCCCGGUACCCCGUGAAGCCGCAGAAGGAGGAGCAGGAGAUGCGCAUGCACGCCAAGGUGUCCAAGGUCCGCCACGAGCGGCGACACAGCGACCUGGCCAUCAACGAGGUCGGCCUGGGGCCCGGCGAGGGGGGGUGGGAGGGGCCUGAACACCGUCUGUCCAGGAGGGCUGGAGGUGGGGAGGGCGACCACAAGGGCCUCUCGGAGAACCACCGAGCCUUCUCCGUGGAUAGGACCGUGGGGGUCGGAGGGGGCGCCCAGCCGUCGGGGUCCCGGCCUCCGGAUUGGGGCCCGGAGCCCGGCGCCACGCGGCCGCCGAGGGACAAGGGCGGGGACGGCCUGCUGAGGAAGGACUCCCAGAGCUCGGACCAGUCGGAGUCCCUGCGGCCGCCGCCGCCGCCGCGCUCCUACAAGAGCAAGCGCGGCGGCAACAAGAGGCAGAUGUCCAUCAGCAGCUCGGAGGAGGAGGGCGGCUCCACGCCCGAGUACACCAGCUGCGAGGACGUGGACAUGGAGAGCGUCAGCGAGAAAGGGGACUGGGACUGCCACUCCCUGGACCCCACCGUGUGGCAUCAUCCGGUCACCUGGCAGCCGUCCAAAGAGGGCGACCACCUCAUCGGCUGCAUCACGCUCAGUAAGAGGUCGGCGCUGCCCCGCGAGGCCGGCUCGCUGCUCGGCCUCAAGGUGGUCGGGGGGAAGAUGACGGCGACGGGGCGGCUCGGGGCCUUCAUCACCAAGGUCAAGAAGGGCAGCCUGGCGGACGUGGUGGGACACCUGCGAGCAGGCGACGAGGUGCUGCAGUGGAACGGAAAGUCGUUGCCCGGAGCAACCAAGAAAGAAGUGUACAACAUCAUCCUGGAAUCCAAGGCCGAACCGCAAGUGGAGAUCGUCGUCUCCAGACCGAUCGGAGACAUCCCAAGAAUCCCAGAGUCCUCUCACCCUCCUCUGGAGUCCACGGGGUCCAGUUCCUUUGAGUCCCAGAAGAUGGAGCGACCCUCCAUCUCCGUGAUGUCUCCCACCAGCCCGGGGACCCUGCGGGACCUCCCGGUGGUGCUGCCCGGUCAGCUUUCUGUGAAGCUCUGGUACGACAAAGUGGGCCAUCAGCUGAUCGUCAACGUCCUCCAAGCCAUAGACCUGCCCCCCCGCCCCGACGGGCGCCCUCGCAACCUCUACGUCAAGGUGUACUUCCUGCCCGACCGGAGCGAUAAGAGCAAACGGAGGACGAAGACCGUGAAGAAGACGUCGGAGCCCAAGUGGAACCAGACCUUCCUCUACUCACACGUCCACCGGAGGGACUUCAGGGAGCGCAUGCUGGAGAUCACGCUGUGGGAGGAGCCCCGCGUCCAGGAGGAGGAGAGCGGCUUCCUGGGGGAGGUCCUCAUCGAGCUGGAGACGGCGCUGCUGGACGACGCUCCUCAUUGGUUCAAACUGCAGACGCACGACAUGUCGUCCAUCCCGCUGCCGCAGCCCUCGCCCUACCUGCCGCGCAGGCACGUCCACGCAGACAGCCCCAGCAAGAAGCUGCAGAGGUCACAUCGCAUCACUGAUACAGAGUUUGAUGAUGGUUCGAUGCUAGUGACUAAAGGUGCAGAGCGUAGCUCCAGGGACCGUGAGCGUGGCGGCGGCGGCGGCGGCAGCACGCUGGCGGUGCCGGAGCAGGAGCGGCCCGUCCAGCACCGGUCCCGCUCGGUGUCGCCCCACCGGGAGGACUCCUGCAGGGCUCGGUCCCGGCCCGCUCACGUGCCCAUGCAAAGGAGCCUGGAUCAGAUCCACCAGAACAACCACCACCCCCCCCACUCCUCCUCCUCCCGUUACCACGACGCCCACCUGGAGCACCAGCGCUCGGGCGACUCUGACUACGAGUACUCUGAGGACAGCGAAGUCCCGGAGACGCACAGGUGUAUCCGCGGCGGCAGUGCCGAGUGCCUACACACUAACAGCUCCACCCUCCCUGCAUGCCUAAAGAGGAAGGAAGGGGGCGGGGCCGCCGCCACGCCUCGUAGCAUCCUCACGCACCGCGUCCUCAGGUUCACUGACGAGGUCACGGUGAGCGACCUGCAGCCGCCGUUGGACAGAGUGAGGAGUGCCAGCACCACGUGUCUGAGGCCAGACUCCAGCUUUCACUCCCCUGACAGAGACAGGCCCUGUAGCAAUGCAUCAAGUCCAAACUGUCCCAGAGGCAGCAAGAGAAGCCUGGAGGGGGACAGCCGCAUGCAGCCCACCUCCAUCCUGAGGGGCCGUCGGGGCCGAGGGGCCCGGCUGAGGCCCUUCGGCCAGACGGCCUCGGCCGGGUCCGCUGACUCACCACAGCUGUGCAGAGCUCACCCCCACCGCCCCCCCUCGCCCUCGGGGACCUCGCCCGGCCGCCGGGGCCGGCAGCUCCCUCAACUCCCGGCUAAGAGCAGCAGCAUCGAGCAAGCGCUGGCCACCGAGGAGCGAGCCCGACAGCUGCAGAUGAAGGUCCAUUCCUACCGACCUUCAGCCUCCCACGACCCCGAGACCGACCUCAAGGCCAGGAGGGAGAUGUACGCGGAGCAGCGGCGCAGCAGUGACAACAUGUCCGCCCGCUCGUCCGACAGCGACAUGAGCGACGCGUCGGCGCUCUCUCGGGCGAGCAGCGCCUCGCGCCUCAGCAGCACGAGCUACAUGUCCAUCCAAUCAGAGCGGCCCGGGGGCCGGCUCAGCCGCCAGCUGCGCUCGGUGGGCCGCAGCAUGCUGAAGAGCUCCAGCGUGAGCGGGGAGAUCUACACGCAGGAGCGCACCGACGGCAGCCAAUCAGACACGGCGCUGGGCUCGGUGGGCGGGGGCAGCAAGAAGAGGCGCUCCAGCGUCAGCGCGCGCGUGGUCGCCAUCGUGGGAAACCGGCGCAGCCGCAGUACGUCGCAGAUCAGCGGCCCGGAGGGGCGGAGCAAGAAGGAGAAGGGCGCGCCCAUCCAGAGGAGCACGGAGACCGGCAUGGCGGUGGAGCUCAGCAGGAACAUGAGCCGGCAGGCGAGCCGCGAGUCAACCGCGGGGAGCAUGAACAGCUGCAGCUCGGAGGGGAACCUGGUGUUCUCCGGGGUCAACGUGGGCGCCAGCAGUCAGUUCAGUGACUUCCUGGACGGGCUGGGCCCGGCUCAGCUGGUGGGCCGGCAGACGCUGGCCACGCCCGCAAUAGGUGACAUCCAGAUCGGCAUGAUGGAUAAGAAGGGUCAGCUGGAGGUCGAGGUGAUCCGGGCUCGAGGACUCGUCCAGAAACCAGGAUCCAAGUCUCUCCCAGCUCCGUACGUGAAGGUCUACCUCCUGAACAACGGAGCCUACGUCGCCAAGAAGAAAACCAAGAUCGCGCGGAAGACUCUGGACCCUCUAUACCAGCAGGCGCUGCAGUUUGAGGAGAGUCCACAGGGUAAAGUCCUCCAGGUGAUCGUUUGGGGCGACUACGGCCGCAUGGACCAUAAGAGCUUCAUGGGAGUUGCACAGAUCCUAUUGGAGGAGCUGGACUUAUCGAGCACAGUGAUUGGCUGGUACAAGUUGUUCCCCCCGUCGUCCUUGGUGGAUCCGACGCUCGCCUCCCUGACGCGCCGGGCCUCCCAGACGUCUCUGGACAGCUCCUCCGGACCCCCGGGGGUCCGGUCCUAGUGAGAAACAGACAAACACACAAAGAAAGAUGGCGGGAAAUGUAGAACAACAACAAUCAAAAAAAGAAUCGCAACCAGAAAGCUUUGUGGAGAUCUGACAAUCACUUCCUGUCGGGGCUCAUUUUCGGGAGCGCCACAUUUCAGUGUUUCAUAUCCAUGAGGAGCGCCUCGCCGUUCCCCCUCGUGGCGCCGGGCGGCAGAGGGUCAAAUGAAGCAGGGUGAUUUUUUAUUUUAAUCAACAAUAGCAAAGAAAUGUACGUUAAGCAUCGGAAUGUAUGGACUCGAGACGGAGAGGCAAUCCCUCCCCACGCCUGCAGGGGGCGCUGUCUUUUCUGCAGGGGGGGGGGCCUCCUUCAACAGACGGCUGCUGGCACUCCAGGGGGGCGCCGGUUCAGUCUGGAAGCACAGGGCCUUCUUCUGGUGCCUGGACCACGGAGCCGCAUCACUGGUCCCACCCCCCCCCCCCCGGUGGAGCGUGUUUCACCUUUAAUCUUCCCCCUUUGUUUCUACCUGCACAAAAUGUUUUUACAGCUGUGAAACGCUCCUGAGGAAAGUGUGUCGGUCCGGUGUGGGCAUGGAGAGAAACGACGAAUGUUCUACAGGGGGGGGGCGGGGCUAGUGACGAUGACACUUUUACACUUGACCGCCAGACGAGCGGCGUUUGUUUCCCUUCGUCCAGUUGUCUUUGUAUAGAUGUAUAUUCAGCCUCCCAGGAGGCGGACCAAUAAACACAAUUUAUGUCACUUUGAAGUUUCAAUAUCACUGUAAAAAAAUAAGAAGAAAUACAAAGAGCAAGGACCGUCUAAUUGUUCACAUUUUAUCAUAUUUUUUUUGGGGGGGGGGUUCAUCCACUCGCCUCCACCACGUUUUUUUUGUAAGCCAACCCUUCAGUUAUAUGAUUUAGAAAUUUUAAGAAAAGCACAAGAGCUUGAUUUUUUUACGACCAAAAAGUUUAACUUUUUGAAGAAAAAAAAACAUAUAGUAAAAAAAUUAUUUCAAAGAAAGAGGGUAAAAAAAGAAGAAGAAGCAACGAUGACAUCGCUGUUUUUUUAUAAAGUUGUUCGAACAAACCGAAAAAUAAGAACCACGCGCGGCGCGACUCUUUUGCUCGCGACGGCGACCGAUCGGAUCCGACCCGCCGGGACACACGGGACCGAUGUUCGACCUCGCUGACUCCUCCCACCACCGGGGGGGGGAAGGGGGCGGGGCCAAGCAUGACUUUUGGAACCUGUUCCAAGCUGCAUGCACUUUUUCUUUUUUUUGUAAAACAAAACAGAAGAAGAAAAAAGACGCUGAACUAGUUUCCUGCGUUCGCUCCACUUCCUGUCGGGCCGCUUGUGUGUCGCAUGCAGUUGUACAGUUUGCUCGUACUUGAAUAUUAAAGAGAUCAAACCAAGAAACCGAAGCCAUUCCCAUUCACACGAGGACCUUUGACCCCGCAGCGAGCGCCACGCCCCCCCGCCCGGUGCUGAAUGUCUCUAAAGCCCCACGGCGAUGUCGUCGGCCCCCUGGCGGACGCUCGGUGCUAGCAGAGCCUCGCGGCCUCGCAGCCUCCGAGGGGCCGAGACCGCGUACGAGUAUAUAUCGACCAAUCCAGAUCCACUUCUAUGGAAAUGUGAAUUAUGUGUCGACAUGAUGAUUUCAGACAUGCGAACACGUGUUCACGUGAUGUAAAGAAUAAACGCACAGAGUCACACGCUGUAAAUACUCCAUCGGGUUCGGUGGCGUUUGCAAAAAGGGGGCGGAGUCAUGUGACGAAGGAGCAACGGGGACCAUUCAGGACCGUGGACCUGGACCACAUACUGGACCCCAAGGCCACGGGUACUACAGGUGUACCGGACCCCCCCCCCCCCCCCGCCGCGGCCACGUUCAGAACAGUUGACUUUUCUUUUUCCAUCGUCCGGUGAAGAUGUUUUUUUAAAAUGUAUUUAGUAUUUAAUUUCAUUUAUUUUUCAGUAUUAACAGGGAAAAAAAUUGCUGAUUGUUUACAACUUCUGUGUUCCACUGAAACAAAAAGAGAAUCCUAAAAGAGUAAAGCAUUCACUGCAACAUUACUUGUUUGUAUAACAGACGUGGCUCAAAUGAUGUGUAUGUUUUAUAUUUUAAAAAAGUUCAUUUUUAUUAUUUACAAAUAAAAAGAAUGUGUGGAAGAGAA